UCAGCAUUCAGCAAUGGCAGCGAUCGGCGCCACCACCGUCUUCGUCGCCGCCGCCGGACCGUCGCAGGCUCUAGGGCUGCCUCGGCUGAGAGUGGCCAAGGCCACGAGGCUGCGGUGCAGGUGCAGCUACUCCAAGGACCUCGUGAGAAAGGCGUCUUCGGCUCUGGCAGCUCUGGCGGUAGUCAAGGAUGCACCUCUGCUCGUUGAGGCGAGCGCCAUGAUGGCGGCGACAGGCCCAGUGCUGGCCCCGAUGCUGGUGCUGGCGCUGGUCGACGAGCGGAUCAUGCCAAUGGAGGGUGCCGGGAUGAACAACGACCUGCUGGGGUGGAUCCUGGUGGUUGCCUUGGGCCUCGCCUUGUCCUACACCGUCUACUCCUCCAUCCUCGACGACGACGAUGACGACGACCAGUCCAGCGUCGGUGGCAUCAUGAUCUGAUCACACCGCCAUCUUCUUCUUCUGCCUGCCUGCCUCAUGCGUGAAGGCUUUGAGUGAUUUACCAUCGACCUAUGAAGCAUGCAUGAAUAUUGAAUAUUGAGCUAAUUAUGGGUAUAGGACUAUAGGAAUACUAUGAUGCCAAUGUUAAAUACUAGUACUAGUUGCAGUCGUACCGGGUGUGACUUUGUAACGCGGAUAUCGUUGCCACUAUGCAUGAAGCGAGUUCAGCUGUAUUAAUCUAUCGUCUAGUUGUGAGUUGUCACGGGCAAGGGGUUGUAAUAACUAGUUUAAGUUGUGUUAUCAGUUAUCA